AUGGAUGAACUAUCGGAUAUUUAUGACUCCAUCGUAGCAAGGCGCAUUGCAGAUGCUCUACUACAGCGUACUAUGAACUUCUGUAUACGUAAACGUCGUUCUUUUGAAUCUCUUCACAGUCUCCGUUGGCGUUUGCUCACGGGCCUUCUUCCCACAGAUGUACAACUCAACAACUUCUCGGAGAAAUGGUCCUCAUGUACUCAAAAGUGCAUGACAAGGUGGCGUACAAUGAAUGAAGAUUUAAACAAUCGCGCACCAGAUGACUCAAAGAAAGGGGAGGUUGUGAAGAGAAAAGCGCGUUUUGAGGAAUUUGAUUCUUCCAGCGAGGAAGUAGAUGAUGUGACGAUUGAAAAUCCUUUACUGCCAAAAAAUGGAAGCUUUUACGCGCUCAGGUACCGUUUGAACAAACUGUGUUCCAUUAUCGCUCUGGAUGUUGACCGGAUUCACUGGGAUAUUCCCCUUUUCGAACUUCGCACCACAAGGGAUGCCCUGCUUAAAAUCCUUAGUGUUUACUGUGUACAACACAGCUGUGAGUACAAACAGGGCAUGCAUGAGGUUGCGGCUUUUGUGUUUUAUUUGACACAUAACGAUGCAACCAUUCUCGAACACCUCCGCAAUGAGCGAGGUUGGGGACACGCCUCCCUACCCAAUAUCUUUGCUCCAAUAUGUCCAGUGGAAGGAGUGGUAGCGGUAGCGUAUUACAUUUUUGACGCCAUAAUGACUGAAAGUGGUGUGAAUUUAUCCUUCUUGUACUUCAGCGCUUCCGAUGGUCAAACAGAUGGCAUUACUGCUGCCACUCACAACGUACAGGGCCGACUGUUGCUGAAACUAGACGCACAACUCCACAAACAAAUCAAUACUGUAUAUAAAAUCACUCCAACAUUGUACCUUAUGCGAUGGUUACGACUCCUCUUCCUUCGGGAAUUCACGCUUGAACAAUGUGCAGACCUGUGGGAUGUCUUCCUUUCGGAGCGUUUUGUUACCCCUGCGGAAGACUACCACCUCGAAAACAGCGUCGUUACAUUAUUUGCAGCUGUCAUGUUGUUGAAUAUCAAAGCCAAUAUCAUGAAAGGCUACAAUGAGGCAAUUGAAAAAGUGAUGAGGUAUCCGUCGGUCGGGCAAAUUAGUUUUUUGAUUCAAGAAGCAGUGCUUCAGUUAGAGAGAGUAAAACAUUGCUUAGGGCGCUACUUUGUGGUCGAAGACGCCGUUCACGUUGAGGAGGAGCAGUUGUUUGGAGUUGAUUCAGACAGACGCGUGUCAAGUGUGAUCACUGAAUCAUCGGUGAGGGGGAUGCAACAAAACAUCGGCGCAUUGGAGUUUGUUGUCACCAUGGACGAACAGUGUGGUACAUCCACCAAAAGCUCACUUGGUAAAGCCGUAAACACGGUUAACUCGAAUGGGUAUUAUGAUGUUAUCGCAGAUGGGGCAUAUCCGAAAUAA